AUGAACACGCCUGGACAAUAUGAGGAUCCACCAAUGUAUUACCCGUCCGAGGAAUCCAAUUACUUCAUCGAUGAAAAAGCCAACACUCCCCUGAUCCUCCGACCCGAACAAAACGAGCCUGGAUUUGCUGUUGCAUCUGCUCUCAGCCGAGGCCUACAAGUACCAUCCAGAUCCAGAGCCUGCACAUCAGGAUUCGAGUAUCCAGAUGAAUUAUCUCAUUACGGCAUCUCCAAGGAAGACUGGACACAAUUCACACAAGGGGUCUGCGACGAAGCAAAGCUUUCACGUCAGCAAUGGACCACCGUGGUUGGCAAAGGCCUGGGUGUAAUGGCAGUGGGUGGACUGAUGGUCGGCCUUCUGGGCGCUAUCCCCGCGAUAUUCGUGGCCCGUCUCACCAGAAGGCGAAAAGAACAACAAAAUUUGAUCUGGGCAAUGGCUGGAGCCCGCGGUGAACGCCUUGCUCGACAUAUCUCGCAGUGGAACGAGACUGUCUUUCAGCCUAGCGGUGUUUUGAUCCGGGUCGAUUUGCCGGAUGAAUACUUAAAUGACAUGAAAGUUAUGGAUAUUCGCACGAGAGGUAGUCCCGAAAGAUCUCUUUGGGAGAUUCGGGAUAAGGCUGCGUGUAAGGCGAGAAUUGUGAUCAUCCCUCUGGAUGGGUUGACGUCAACAAAGCAUUUCUCAAGUUGGGAUAAUCGGGGUUGA